AGGUGUGUGUGUGUGUGCAUGUAUAUGUACGUGCGUGUGCGUGUGUGUGUGUGUGUGUGUGUGUGUCGGGGGGAGGAGGGUUGUGUGCCCCGCCUCUCUCGGACACGUUGCCUAGGGAGAGGCUGCACGCGCUGGAUGGGACUCCUGCCUUCCUGCGUCUGCUGCGUUCACGGUCUCACUCCAUCUUCAUCUUCAUCUUCAUCCUCUUCAUCUUCACCUUCUUCUUCAUCAUCUUCAUCAGUGGGCUCGGUCCAUCAGCGCGUCCGCGCCUCGCCGCAUGUCUUCACGUCCCGGAGCCGCACGGGAAACACGCGCUUCACUUCUGGUCCGUGAUGCUCUCCGCUGGCUGAGAGUUGAGCUCCAACAUGUCGACCUCAGACUCCGAUGACUCCAUCGACUGGCUCGCCAGCGACGAAGACGAAGACCCAAAGAGCUCAAGUCCUCAUCGCGCGGAGGAGUCGCCUCUUCCACCUUCAUCAUCAUCAUCAUCAUCAUCACCAUCAUCAUCCUUAUCCUCCUCAAGGGAAUCUCCUACAAGCUGCUUCCACUCCCAGAGGAAGAAGAAGAAGAAGAGGAGGAGGAGGAGCGACUCCUUAGAUGGAGGCCGCCGUGGGGUCGAUGCCGACUCUCCCGCCGCCUCGCCGUCCUCGCCGGUCGCUCCGCUUCAGGGAUUCACUUCGCCGAGCGAGCGUCUCUCCGCGGCGUCGAAGCGCCGGUCGAGCGGGAAGAGACGAGGCGGAGAAGAGACGGCGCCGGACGCCGAAGAGGAACUCUUCUCCCAGAAGAGCGGUGACCUGCAGCUCUACCUCCAGCCUCUGUCGUCCAUCCUGAGGGCCCUGAGGUCUGGAAGGUACUCUGACCGUCUCAGCAGUUUCCAGGAGAGCGUUGCAGUGGACCGGAUCCAGAGAAUAAUGGGGGUCCUUGAGAACCCCCUCACGAGCGGACGCUUCCUCGGCACCAUCCUGAAAAUAGAAGCGAUGCUUCAGAGCUGGUUCCCUCACAUCGGACCCGACCGCGGCGCUAAGAAGCAAAAGCGUCAUGGCGGUGCCUCCUCCUCUCCGCCUCCAUCCUCCGGGCGGCUCCACCCGUCGCCCGUCCGCACCCUGAAGACCCCCGAACCGACCCAGGACAGCGCCGUCUCCUCCAGCACCGACCCGGGGCCGCCGCCGCCGGGCCGCCGCCUCGGCUUCAAGCUCCGCUCGCCGUGUCUGGAGCGACUCCUCCAGGCGAAGGGGAGCGUCGUGGCUCCCCGGACUGAGCUGACCCGGGGUCCGAUCCGAGCGAGACCGGCUCUCACGGAAGAAACUACAAGGCCUUAAAAAAAAAAAAAAA